CGACUUUCUCACUUUCUUCGUACGCUUCUUACUGGCGAAACACAAGAGCCCACAAAGGAUUAUGACAAGUGCUGGCAACUGGAUUUCCGAGGAGCUGGAACCAGCUACUCUACUGUCGAUUCAGGAGGAUAAUGGUAUUGUUACCAAGGUGUACGUGGCGCCCUGUUUGCAGCCGAUAAAAGAGGAGAAAGUUUUCCUGGAGGACAACACGCAACGCUUCCACUGUCCGCUUUGCUCUAAUGUGAUUCGCACGGCCGGUGCCUACAAGGUCCAUCUGAUGGCCUGCCAAAGACGCUUGGCACGCAUGAUGAAGGAUGUGCCGGACGUGUCCCAGCAUCAGUGCAACAUUUGCAAGAAAAUCUUCUCCUCGGUGGAUGCCCUGAUCGGCCACAGGCUCCUGCAUGGAAGCCCAUCAAUGAAUCGCACCUGUGCAUCCUGCCAUGUCAAGUUCGGGACGGAUCUGGAGUAUCGCACCCAUUUGGAGAGCCAUCUGAUACCGUGCGAGUCCACGGAUGAAUCCUACGAAGGGGCGUACACCAUCACCAAGACCUUCAAUUGCGUCUUUUGUCGCACGGAGUUCAAGGCCUGCUUUAAGCCUGGCCAAGUGACCCGUCGAUACGCGUGCGACGCAUGUAUCGUAAGGCUGAAGGCCCAGGAGGAGGAGAAAAAGAUCUUAGGGAAGAGAAGGCCCGAAUUAAUCUGUGAUCGUUGUGGGAAAAAGUACAAAUAUGAGGGUUUCCUUCACCGUCAUCUGAAAACUUGCCAGAUGCCGGAUAAAUGCAAAAGAAAGCGUGAGAUUGAAAUCACCGAGGUCAGCGAGGUAACAUUUACAGAAGUUGUGCAAAGUUUUAAUAAUUGAUUAUACAAAUUCGCACAUUUUAAUUUUAAAUUAAAUAAAUAUAUUUUUUAAUUGU